CUCUUCACCCCUCCCCUUCAUUUACGACGUUCAGUCGAGGCCCAAUGAGAGUUUUCAGGGGUUCUUAUUCUAAUACUAGGGCCUCUUACAUUCAGGGGCAAAUUAGCUUUAGCGUUUUACGUAGUCAGUGCAUUCCAGGUCUCCUGGUAAACUGGGGACUCAAUGUUUCUACCGUUUCGUCUUUAUGGGACGUGGUGAUUUGGGGUCGGGUUGGAAGGUCAGCGUUCGUCGAGGAGAUUGACACGAAAAUAAGGGUAAUGUUUUUGUAGCCGGGCCAAUGCUUUGGCUCAUUGGAUUAGCCACGAAGUUGAGAAUGGAGUUGCUGCGGAGUUUGGGCCAUCAGAAGCGAGACCACUGGAAAAUCGCUCAUCAAAGCAUUAUAGGACUCGGAGCUUCGUGGGUGCUUCAGAAUAUAUGGGCGUGUAUGUACAUGUAAAGCAUUAACGUUAGUGAUAUUUAGUUUAGUAAAAGACUUAAUAUACAAGAGUACACUAGCUAAGUAACAAUGCUUUUUACAAAGCUAGACUAACUUACUAUUAACUAGCGAGUCCGUUUGUUUUUGUGUAACAGCUCUGUUCAUUUUUUUAUAUAGCUAGUCCUCAACCAGCCGCAAAGUAUACAGCGAAUCAGACCUGCUUUUUCAUACGGAAGGGGUUCGAUCUUAAUUGUUUACUUAUCUAUAUAGUCUCAUAUUUACGAGAGGAGGUUGCCUUAGCUACCUAGCUGCUAGCUAGCAAUUUCCGCUUUCUUCCGCUUCACUGUUGAGCAAUGAUGGAAAUUCGCCUAAUAGCUAGCCUGCGAUAUACAUAGUGGCUAGCUACUAGCAAAAUCAUAACUUAUUUCUUAUGCGAACACUAAUUUCGAUGUAUCCGCAGAUAGCUGUGAUAUUGUUGACUUUGCCACCGCAUACUGUAGCAAGAUGGCUAACGUUAGCUGGCUAACCAUUAUCGAAAUAGACAUCUAGUUAACACUUUUGUAAAACAAAUGGCUGAAUACUCUUUGUAAAACAAUACUAUUUCAUGCUUAUAUCCAGUCAAACUAGGUAAGUGUUAUCGGUGCAGGACCAUCGAUUCCCCAAUCAGCUAGCUAGUUAUACUGUUUAUUACUUUGAAGAAAAACAUUUUGAAAAAGGAAUCCGUAUUCGAAUAGCUAACCUCGUUAAAUAGUAAUUUGAUUUUGCGGGUGCGGUGUGCAAAGGCGUCGCAAACGUAGUCUCCUAGAGUUUAAAAAUAGCUAACGAGGAGAUAGGGUCUCAGGGCGGACACACGCAUAUGUUGACAUGUGGGUGAUUUUGAAAAUGCUGUUCUACCUGGGCCUCGGGAGUUGGGUGCUCGGGCGUGGGACUCAGGCCAUGUCAGCAGAGGAGAAGACGACCAUCAGGGGCCAGGUGCUGGAGAUGUUUGACCACGCUUAUGGCAGCUACAUGAAAUAUGCCUAUCCUGCUGACGAAUUGAUGCCCUUGAGCUGCAGGGGGCGGGUGAGGGGGCAGGAGCCCAACCGGGGGGACAUCGACGACUCCCUGGGCAAGUGAGUGUGAGGUUCUCCCUCACGCUGAUCGACACCCUGGACACCCUCGUGGUGCUGAACAAGCUGGAGGAGUUUGAGGAGGCGGUGAGGAAGACCGUGAGAGACGUCCGGCUGGACAACGAUGUGGUGGUGUCCGUUUUUGAGACCAACAUCCGCGUGCUGGGUGGCCUGUUGGGGGCGCACGUGAUGGCGGACCUGCUUCGUGGGCGCGGUGAGAGGAUGCAGUGGUACCGCGACGAGCUUCUCCACAUGGCGAAGGACCUGGGCCAUCGGCUCCUGCCUGCCUUCAACACCACCAGCGGCCUGCCUUACCCACGGGUGAACCUGCGCUACGGGGUCCUGAACCCCCUCUCCCGAACGGGCACCGAGUCGGACACCUGCACGGCGUGCGCGGGGACCAUGAUCCUGGAGUUCGCCGCGCUCAGCCGGCUGUCUGGGGAGGCUGUGUUUGAGGAACACGCCAGGAAGGCCCUGGACGUGCUGUGGGAGAAGAGGCAGAGAGGAAGUGACCUCGUCGGCACCGUCAUCAACAUCCACAACGGGGACUGGGUCCGCAGGGACAGCGGGGUGGGUGCAGGUAUCGACUCCUACUACGAGUACCUGAUGAAGGCCUACAUCCUGUUAGGAGACAGCGUGUACCUGGAGAGAUUCAACACUCACUACAGCGCCAUCAUGAAGUACAUCAGCCAGCCGCCUCUGCUGCUGAGCGUCCACAUGCACAACCCCACCGUCAACGUCCGCAGCUGGAUGGACUCCCUCCUCGCCUUCUUCCCCGGACUGCAGGUGUUGAGAGGGGACCUGAAGCCUGCCAUUGAGACCCACGAGAUGCUCUACCAGGUCACCAAGCAACACAAGUUCCUCCCCGAGGCCUUCACCAGUGAGUUCAGGGUCCACUGGGGUCAGCACCCGCUGCGCCCCGAGUUCGCGGAGAGCACCUACUUCCUGUACAAGGCCACAGGAGACCCCUACUACCUGAAAGUGGGCCAGUCCAUCGUGGAGAAGCUCAACGCGCACGCGAGGGUUCCCUGUGGAUUCGCUGCAGUGCAGGACGUUCGGACCGGGACCCACGAGGACAGAAUGGACUCCUUCUUCCUGGCCGAGAUGUUUAAGUACCUGUACCUGCUGUUCUCUGAGAAGAGCCAGCUGCCCCUCGACAUCGACGACUACAUCUUCACCACCGAGGCCCACCUGCUGCCCAUGUCCCUGUCCACCACCCAGCCGCCCUGCCAGGGCAACAGCACGGAGACUCGCACCCCUCCGGAGGAGGAUCUGUUCACUCACUCCUGUCCCAGCGCUCAGACCCUCUUCCCAAACAACCCCUCCUUCGCCAAAACCAUCCGGGACAGCUACAAAUACCUCGCUGGGGUGGGCCGGCCCCACCAGGUGUCAUCCAUACGGGGGAUCGAGCUCCCGCUGCAUGAUAACGGCAUGGAGCCGGUGGAGUUCCUGAAGAGCAUGGGCAUCUCGCUCACCUCCCUGCACGAGGCAGCGGGGGGCACUGGGGCUCAGCUGGACUCUUCUGGGCAGAAGGGUGUGUACCGGGUGAAACUGAUUGCAGAGGUGAGCCAGACCCCGGAGGAGGAAGAGGUGGUGCCCCUUAUCGUCCAAGUCAUCUCCCCCCCGUUUCUGGGAAGAAUAGUACUGACUGCUGGGCCUGCCAAGUUCGGAAUGGACCUUACCAAACAGGAGAAUGGGGUGAAGGGCAGCAUAGUGAAGAGCGCCCCCUACAGCGCGUGCGGUCCCCUGGAGAACGCGGCGGAGCUGAGGGGUCGAGUGGCCCUGGCGCUCAGAGGGGACUGCAUGUUCGCCGCCAAGGCGCGCCGGCUGCAGGAGGCCGGGGUCGUCGGGGUCAUCUUCAUCGACCACAAGGAGGGGAGCAGCAGCGAGGCCACGCCCCUGUUCCAGAUGGUGGGCGACGGCGGCCCCACCUCUGACAUCACCGUGCCGCUGGCCUUCCUGUUCAGCCGCGAGGGGGCGGCGCUGACCAGCGCGCUGGAGGAGCACGGCGGCGUGGAGGUGCUGCUGCUGCCCAAAGAGAGGCCGCCAGCAGAGAAGCCCAUGGGCAUGAACAUCCAGAUCCACCUGUCCAAAGAGGGAGAGCUGCAGGAGGGGGAGAGCAAGAGCACCACCAUCCAGCUCCGGCUGGAGCCCAGCGAGGAGGAGGAGGAGGAGGAAGGGGAGGAGCCUGGGGCAGGAGGAGAGGGAGGAGCCAUCUCCACGGGGGACCACUGCGCCUCCGCGGCGACCGAGGACCGGGCCCCUCCCCCGCACCCGUGCGCGGACGCGCGGACCCCGCCCCCUCCCCCCCGACCCCUCCCCCGCGGACCCCGAGAGCGACCCCUGAGGGGGCGGGGACUGCACUGUUACCCACAAUCCCCCGGCAAACAGGCAGUUGCUUCCCACGGCCCUUGAAGCGAGGCACGGCAGGGCGGCGUCCGGAGCCCGAGAGCGCCACGACGAUCGCCCUCGUUGCCACGGGGACGGGACUAUGACACAGAGAGAGGACGCAAACACAAAAAAGAGAAAAAACACACAAACGCGUAUCCAGACCUCACACCUUCCCCGGUAAGGGGGGGGGUGUCCUUAUAGUUUUAGUUAUUAAAAAUUGUGUAUUAAUAUAUGGAGGAGGGAGAGGGGGAGGGGCCUGGCUGUGCAAGCACACAAGUCUUAACUGCCAUUGGAGGCCUCUUCCUGCAGUGAUAUAACCUGAGGGUAGCUUAGACAAACUAUUGAAAAAUGAUGCCUAUUCAUGUACUACGUUAGCAUUACUGAAGAGAGUGGGGUGUGGAUAGGUGAGUUAUUAAUAGCAUAAAUACUUUUAUUAUUUGGGGGGGGUAGGAAGGGGAGGGGGGCAGGUUUUCAGUCUCCUCUGAUUGGUUGAUUUCUCCACGGACUUGAGAGAAGACGGCUUUCCAAGGACGUGUUGUCGCCAAAAAGGGGGGGGGGGGGGGGAGCGUGUCGUCAUAGCACCAGCAGACGGUCUCCCGGGCAACCCUCUGUCGGUAUGGAUGACGCAGGGGGCGCCACGUGCGAGCCGGUCGGGGCCCUCCGAGGACAGGCCGGGGCGGCGCGGACGGAACGCCGCGCGGAGUGACAUUCCGGGUUCCGCCGCGCGUCGCUAGCGGAGACGACGACGGCGCUCACGCCGGGGGGG